AUGACGGAGGACGGUAGCGGCGGCACCGACAAUCCAGCCUUCAGCCACGAUGAGGACACGAAAAAAGGCAAUGAUCAGCAGCAGCAGCAGCAGCAGCAGCAAACAUCCAACGGAGGCACCACCAUCACCAUCGGGGAAAACGGCGGCGCCAAUCACUCUGUCACGAAUGGCACUAGUGCCAAUUCCACCGUCAAACUAAACGGUGAGAAGAAAAUCGACCUGCCCGAAGAAAAUGACAGCGGCGUCGCCAAUGGGGAUACACCCAGGCCCAAGUUAAACGGCGUGCACAGCAAUGGCAACAAUAACGACAACAGUUUUCUCAAUACCACCGUCACGAGUAUCACCAAUAAUGAUGUUAACGAUAAAAAAGAACAGAUUGAAGCCGUGAACCUUGAGCUUAUUUCGAUGAAACCUCAUUCCAAUAAUCAUCAAGCGAAAAAUAAGGAAGCCUGCGUGCCGGUCGAUCCUUAUGAACAAUACUUCGUACCUGUCAAUGAACAUAAGAAAUAUAUGAGAUUCCCCGAAACAGAGGUCGAAACUACUGUAGCUGGAGUCAGAUUCGAUUUGGGUCCGGGUGUUGGCCGCGAGGGACUCAGCCUGAGAGACCCGGCCGCCGGACUAGUCGACUAUUCCCAUUGGCUGAACGCUCUCAGAGGUGAGAAACUUUAUUUGACUAAAGACAAACGGGUCACUGGCAUCAAUUGGAAACGAGUAGCAUGCUGGGUAAUUGCAUUCAUCGCUUUAACAGCUCUCCUUAUUUUGGGCAUUUUAAUCGGCACUGGUGUAAUAGAUAACCCAAUGGCACAAAAUUAUUCAAAAGAAAAUCAAAAAAGUUAUUCACAGUCAGGCGACAUCAACGUUGCAGGAAGUAGAGAAAAAUCAAAAAACCCUCCUCCUAGUCCACCGCCAUUCGAAAUCACAACAGCAUCGUGGCCAACGACCGAUGAAACUUUUUACAAAAUCGUACCGCAAGCACUUCAAGGAGUUAUUACGUUUGAUAAUUUGGCUUGGGACCCUAGUAUGGAGGUUGCAACGUCUAGAGUUUACAGAUCAAUUGCCGAAGAUAUUGAAUUGGCCAUAGCCAGAGCGUUACGUGUAAAUAAUAAAGAACCAUCGGUAAAAAUUUAUUCCAUAUCCGAAGAUGGUGAGGUGAAAUUUAGGGUUCAUGAACCUACUUUUGAGAAACCCGAGGAUAACCUAAGUUAUCUUGAAAAAAAUUUCCAAGAAAAUGGGAGUCGUUUAUCAAGAUAUCACGUGAACCGAGUAAUGAUUUCACCCUUAGUUGACGAGUGUCGGUCUGGAAUGUUGAAAUGUAGUGACAGUUGUAAAUAUGACUCAGAAGAAGGAAAAUUCGUGUGUCUGUGUCCAAAUGGUAAAGAGUUGGAUAAAAGUGGUUUGCAAUGUAUUCAAGAAAGUGCUCUCAGCGAUAUAAGUUUCGGUGAUGGAAGAAGUUUUGGAAAGCCAUCGGAUGAUUGGUUAGACUUUGAUAAGAUUGACGAAAAAGUCCCAGUGCAUGAAAAUGAACAACAGCCAUCUGCAGAGCCAGAGCCAUCUGCGGAGCCUGAACCGUCUGCAGAGCCUGAACCUUCUGCAGAACCGGAACCAUCGGCAGAACCAGAACCAUCUGCGGAGCCUGAGCCAGCAGCGGAACCGUCCGCAAAGCCAGAGCCAUCUGCAGUACCAGAGCCAGCCGCAGAGCCUGAACCUUCUGCAGAACCGGAACCAUCGGCAGAACCAGAACCAUCAGCGGAGCCAGAACCAGCAGCAGAGCCAGAGCCAGCAGCGGAACCAUCGGCGGAGCCCGAGCCAGCAGCGGAACCAUCGGCAGAGCCGGAGCCAUCUGCAGAACCAGAGCCAGCAGCAGAACCAUCGGCGGAGCCAGAGCCAGCAGCAGAACCAUCGGCGGAGCCAGAGCCAGCAGCGGAACCAUCGGCAGAGCCGGAGCCAUCUGCAGAGCCAGAGCCAGCAGCGGAGCCGGAGCCGGCAGCUGAGCCUGAAGCUAAGCCUGAACCGGUUUCGGCUUUAGAAUCAGAACCGUCGAUGAAGGCAGAUCUAACAACAGAAUCUGUACCAAAAUCCGAACCAGAACCGGCAGCAGAGCCGGAGCCAUCUGCCGAGCCAGAACCAUCGGCGGAGCCCGAGCCAUCUGCAGAGCCAGAACCAUCGGCGGAGCCGGAGCCAUCUGCAGAGCCAGAACCUGCCGCUGAACCUGAAGCUAAACUAGAGCCAGAAACGGCUGCAGAGCCAAAAUCUGCUGCAGAACCAGAAACGGUUGCUGAGCCGGAGCCAGCCGCUGAACCGGAACCAGCAGCAGAGCCAGAGCCAUCGUCAGACCUUAAGUCUGAGCUCGCUAUUACACCAAAACAUACUGCAGAACCGGAGUUAUCCACAUUAUCAUCUUUAUCAGUUGACAUCAAUAUGUCAAAAAACAAUGUUGAGUCAUUAAAAAAGAGCGAAGAAAGCGCUGACGAUCAGUAUAACAAUAUUAUCGAUGAUCCUAUCGGAAGCAAUGACAUUAAUGUUUCGAAGAACGUCAAGAAGAACGAUAAAAAAACUCAAAAAUCGUACAAAGAGCAUAAAAGCGUUGAUUACAUUAAUGUGUCUACUUCAACUGAGAGUGGAUAUCGUGAUCAUUCAGAAGAUGCAAGCAUGACUUCUCAAAUUCCCAUAAUGCCUUUCGAAAUACAACUCGAUAUAUCAACGACUGAAAGUAUCGAUAGAACUACUCAAUCAGUUUUCCAAAAUUUAGAUAAAGAAAGUAUCACUACUACUAUAGAACCGUUGAUGUCGCAUUCUGAGGGAACUACUACAGCUCAAAUUCCAGUGAUGCCCGAGGAACUGUCAACGACUGAAGUUAAUAAAUUAGAACAACAAGUUGGAACAACUAUGACGUCCACAAUGGAUCAAACCGUAGAAACAACAACUAUGAAAGAUAGUGAAAUCGUUGAGAUGGAACCAGAAACAACCACCAUCAUCAACGAUUUUGUUGAAAUGUUUGAAAUGGACAAAGCUAUGAAUUUAGAUAUAAAACCUGUCUCUGAAAUGAUUCCAGAUGACACUACACCACAAACUAUGAUAUACAUGCCACAAUCGACAGAAAGAAGUGAUUCCAAUAUUGAUACUUUAGCUCCAACGAUGGAAUUGAUAAAUAAUGUUCAAGAUGAUCAGAAAAUGAAAAGUAAAAAACAAAAAGAACUGGAUCUCAGCGAAGUUGAUAUGGAAGUAACAAUGACGACAAUGGAAACCCCAGUUGACAAUACCAGUAAAGAAACGAUCGACAUUAGUGAUAACUCAAGUGACACAGAGAGUGUCGUUUCCAUUACCAGUCAAGUCCCAACCUUUAUUCCUGUCAAUGAAGAUAUCGACGAACCAGAAAUGACACCACGAAAUCAACCUUUUAUGACAACAAUUAUGCCAAUGGAAGCCGAAGAAAAUGUAACUUUAAAACCAGAAAGUACAUUAACUUCAGAACGAGAAAUAAUUACGAGUACCGAAAAAUUAAUCGAAAAGAUGACUGAACAAAGCGAACCGAGCUUCGUCAAAGUCGAAAGUACUACGCGAGUACUUCUUUCCAAGUGUUCAAGUGGUCAAUUCCAGUGUGUGAAUGGAACUUCGAGAGAUGGAGCUUACUGUGUGAAUCUCUCGGCUAAGUGUGAUUCAGAAAAUGAUUGCUCUGAUGGGUCAGACGAACUGAAUUGCGAAGAAGAAGGCUGUCCUGGAAAUUUCCAAUGUGCAAGCGGUCAGUGCCUGAAGCGAAAUUUAGUAUGUAAUGGCAUAGUCGAUUGUAAUGACGGUAGUGAUGAGAAAAACUGCGGUAAUUGGACCUGCAAUUUCGAUGAAUUUGAAUGUCCUGAUGGAAGAUGUAUUCCCUCUCUGUGGAAGUGCGACGGUCGCCCAGAUUGCGAAGAUCAUUCCGAUGAAUAUUCGUGCUCUGAAAGCUGCAGUAACGACGAGUACCUAUGUCCUACUGAAAAAUGGUGUGUACCAUUGACUUGGCGCUGCAAUGGAAUAUCCGAAUGUGUCGAUGGAGAAGACGAAAAAUUGUGCGAAUGUUCUGUGGAUCAAUUCAAAUGUGAAACUGGUGGAUGUAUUCCAACUGAACAAAUGUGCGAUGGCAUUGACAAUUGCCCGGACCGAUCCGAUGAAUGGAAUUGCUUGAGGGGUGGUUUUAACAGAAAUUCAUCCGUCGCCACAGAAAUCAAUAGCGAUGCUUCCAAUCGCAACUAUCUCAUAAGAAUCAAGCAAUCAAGUGAUGAAUACAGGCACGUUUGCUCGGAUGAAUGGUCAUCUAAAUUUAGCGAUAUUUAUUGCAAAAGUUUAGGAUUCGCUGCAGCUGAUUCAACUGUGUAUGUCGAACAGAGCACGAAUGAAAAGUUCGUUAAACUUCUAGCUAAUGCCAAUCCCAACAAACCCUUCUUGUCUAAUUUCGAAAAAACGAGUGAUUGUAAGUCUGAAAAAAUCGUCAGCGUUUCGUGUCAAGAAUUCACGUGUGGAUCUCACGAGAACGUCGGACACUCUGCGAGACUUGCUGGAGGCACUCCAGUUGGCGCAGGCCAGUGGUCCAGCGUUGCUUUAUUGAAGGAACCAAAACAUGGAACUGCUUGUACAGCUAGUGUACUCAGUCCCAUGCAUGCUUUAGCUAGUUACUCCUGUAUUCAUAGUUUAAGACAAAGUACUGGAUGGCAGCUAUUUGUCGGCGGUAAUCUAUUGAAACCGCUUCAAGUCAAAAAUAUUGUGCCUUACCCUCAAGUCAAAUAUAAUCAAUUUUUAUAUAAUAAUGAUAUAGCCCUGAUUGUACUGGAAGAACCAAUGGUCUUCUCAGCGAACGUUAGUGCAGCGUGUUUACCAACCCAAACGAUCACGCCUCAACAAUUAUGCGUUACUGCCGGUUGGGGAUUCCCUAUGGACGGAGACAUGAAUUUGCAACAAUAUCUGAAAUUCUUGCCCAUUCCAACUUACAAUUCUGAGGAGUGCAAUGCAACAAGCCAUUACGCAGGCUUCAUCAGGAAAGAUCACAUAUGUGCUGGGUAUACCGAUAGCGAUAAGGGACCUUGUUAUAACGAUGAAGGAGCACCGCUUAUGUGCGUAAACGGCAAAUUGGAAAACGAUACCGGCAGAUGGGAAAUUCAAGGUUUACUCAGUCAUCAUAGUCGGUGUUCGAGGGGACACCCUGCAAUCUACUCGAGUUUAGCACCGGCUCUUUCGUGGCUGCGAAAUUCUGUGCCAGCACUGUAAACUCAAUAGAUUCAAUUUGAAGAGAAAAAUUAAUGAACAUCUGUAUAAAGUUAGACAUAAAUCUUUUUAUCAAGAAAUAAGAUUAUGCAUUCGUGAUAGGACUUUGAUGUCGAAGUUUUCACGUGCCAAAAUUUAUUUUACUAUUUUUUCGAAAAAUCCAACAAUGAAAAAUGUUUCAAAUUCAACUAAUUGAUUAUUAUACUCGAGCUUCGGCAAACUGAUGUAAAUAAUGUAUAAAAUAUAGC